GGCGCGACCACGGAGAAUGAGACUGAGAGAAGCUGCCAGGGCUUGGAGGGGGAUAAAGCUGAGUUUAGGCUGGAAACUAAAAGACUAGAUUGUUUGGGGGUGCAACUUGCCCGGCUCCUCUGCACUUCGCUUAGUUUCGCUCCAUGGACAGAUGCACCAACCUGGACAUUGAGGAGCUCAAGGUACUGUGGGGAAGAAAAAGAUGAAAAAGACCCUCUCCUGCUUUCAGAGUCAAAGAUGACACGAGAACAAUACAUACUAGCAACACAACAGAAUACCUUGCCAAGGGCUGAGAAUGCACAACUUUACCCAGUGGGAAUUUAUGGAUGGCGAAAGAGGUGCUUAUACUUCUUUGUCCUUCUGCUGUUGGUUACUAUGAUAGUUAACUUAGCCAUGACAAUUUGGAUUUUGAAAGUUAUGAACUUCACUGUGGAUGGUAUGGGAAAUCUGAGAGUCACCAAGAAGGGAAUCCGACUUGAAGGUAUAUCUGAGUUUCUACUUCCAUUGUAUGUGAAAGAAAUUCAUUCCCGAAAGGAUAGUCCACUGGUCUUACAGUCUGACAGGAAUGUAACAAUGAAUGCAAGAAAUCACAUGGGGCAGUUAACUGGACAGCUGACAGUAGGCGCUGAUGCAGUGGAAGCUCAGUGUAAAAGGUUUGAAGUGAGAUCAAGUGAAGAUGGCAAAGUGCUGUUUUCUGCAGAUGAAGAUGAGAUUUCUAUUGGUGCUGAAAAGCUGAAAGUUACAGGCACUGAAGGAGCAGUAUUCGGACACUCUGUGGAGACACCUCACAUUAGAGCAGAACCUUCCCAAGACCUCAGACUUGAAUCACCAACUAGGUCUUUGAUAAUGGAAGCUCCCAGGGGUGUCCAGGUGAGUGCAGCAGCAGGGGACUUCAAGGCCACUUGCAGGAAGGAGCUCCACUUACAAUCCACAGAAGGGGAGAUAUUUUUGAAUGCGGAUACAAUCCGGCUGGGAAAUCUACCAACUGGCUCCUUUUCAUCUUCAUCCAGCUCCUCAAAUUCUCGACAGACAGUGUACGAACUGUGCAUCUGCCCCAAUGGCAAACUUUACCUUUCUCCAGCAGGGGUAGGUUCCACUUGUCAGUCCAGUAGCAACAUAUGCCUAUGGAACUGAAGCGACUGAUUUCUCCUCACACCAGAAUAGCCUUUUGUUACUGUCCGUCUGCUUCACAGUUCUGCUCGGUUUCCCUUGUGAUCAGUCCAGAGCUUCUUCAAAUGGUCCACGGAGCAACUUUUUCCAAGUGUAAGCAGGGAUCCAUCGCCACUUCUUCUCUUGUAAUAUACUGUACUCCUUAAGACAGAGCGCGUGAAUGACAGAGCAGUGGAAAGAUCAUCUUCAGCAGGAAAACUGGAUCAUAACUCUUGCUCGAAAGGGAGAAUAACAUAGGUGCCUUUGCUACAUGAAGUGAAGCACACAGUUUUAGAUUUUUGCAGGACCUGGAUUUGAACUGCACAUAUAUACAUUACAUAGGUAAAAAUCCCAGUAUCCAAUGGCAAGAUGAAAUGGUUAACUCUGUAAGAAAACUAAUUCUACAGUCUGAAAGCACAAUUUUCCAUUCAUCUUUUUGGAUGUAAACUUUUAUCCCCGAAUUUUAAAUUUUUGAAGCAUUAUGUAAUGCUUGCUUUACUAAAAAUUAAAUUCAAUACAUGGUUUUUAACAAAACAAAACAAAACAAAACAGAAUUCCA